UCCCCUCUUAUGAAAUUUUCGACCAAAAAUCAACAUUUUGCAAUCGCGUUUUUUGCCCUUAUUGGAAUGUUUCCGACCUCAGAAGUUGCUCAAUAGCGAACAUGAAAGUUGUGGGUCGAAAAUAAGGAAGAUAUCGUCCGUUGAAGAUUGCGACCGCUCAAAAAGCGUUCAAAAUAGACAGAAAAUGAUGAUUAUUUGGGAACUGGAAAGGUCCCGGUGUCUUUUAAUUAGCUCGUUGCAUUCGUGUGUUAGUUUGUCGUCAAAUUCCACCAGUUUGCUGCUUUUUUAGAUUUUCUUGUAGUCCUGAAGGCUUUUUGAAAGUGUCUGGCAAAGGUGCCAGCUUUUGUCCAGCCUUUGUCACUGUGAUAUUUUAAUAAAAGUUACUCAUCAACAGCAGCGCUUCUACCCAUUUUAUUUGCCCUACCAUUCGCCUGGAGAGUUCUGAUCCAUAGGGAGCAUGGACAUGGGGGAAAUCGCAUACCUGCAUUCUACUUUGUGUAUUUGGGAUUGUUUUUGGCCAUGGGGAAAGUGAAACGUUCAAGACAAAAGUUUCACGUAGCAGCCAGCAAACGAGCUUUACUCACUCAACGUUUCGAGAGUCCCACAGGAACAAAAUCGCCGGAAUCAGCUCUGCCUGUACCAAGUGACGACUUAUUUGCUGGCCUCCACAUUGACAUCAGCACACUGAAAACGAAACUAAACAGCGAUGCUCAUAGUGUAAAAUCCUUCAAGUCAACGAAAUCGGAAAAAUCUGGACAGAAUAUCAUGCCGAAGAAAGACAAAUUGAGACUGCGCCGAGAGAUGCUGAUGAAGAAAAUCGACGCAGUAAAUCACAUGAAAAAGAAUCUCAAGAUAAGGGAAAAAAGGAAAACAAUCGCUAUAAUAGGCGACACCAACCCUUUGCACGACGCCUUGCCUUCCCUGGAAUCACUACUAAAGAACCGCCCAAGUGCGAAAAAACAGGCUCCUGUCCCGAGGAAGCCGAAAGCAAUCGAAAAAGCCGACAGGCGAAAGAAGGAACUGAUCCAAGGAAUUAAAAUAUUUAAGAGUGUAUUAAAGAACAAACACUUUCGGGCCAAUCCUUUAGAAGCAAUUUCGAAGCAAGUGCAAGCUGUGGUAGCUCAGCAGCAGAUGAAGCAAAGCAGAUAAAUAUUAGAAACUAAUUAUAGAAGUUUAUAUUGUUGAGAAGCUAAAUAUAAUAUGUUGUAAUUGUC